AUGGACACGUCGUCAACCCUCGCGACGAGCGCCACCCCGACAAUUCCCGCCGAACAGCUUGCCGCACUUACAUCGCUGCUGUCGGGACUCACCGCUGCCGCUUCCGGUAUUCGAUCAACUCUACUACGUCAGCGAUGUAGUUAUAGCCAAGAGUGAUCAAUGCAUUUCAACAUACCUAUUCGAUCAACUCUACUACGUCAGCGAUGUAGUUAUAGCCAAGAGUGAUGAAUAG